GACCGAUUCCACAGUCCAAAACAUUAAGUUAAAUAUUGUAGGUCAACUUAAUAUAUAACGACCCAGAUGCUGAGGUGUGAGUUCUGCAGCCGGUCGUUCGGCAGCCAGGAAGCUCUUAAUCAACAUACCCAGGAUUCACCUGCUCAUGUACCAUCAUAUGACUAUGAGCUCUGCAACCGAUCAUUCAGCAGCCAGGAAGCCCUUAAUCAACAUACCCAGAACUCAUCUACUCAUGUACUAUUCCAGGAAGCCCUUAAUCAACAUACCCAGAACUCGCCUGCUCAUGUACCAUCAUAUGACUGCAAGCUCUGCAACCGAUCAUUCGGCAGCCAGCAAGCUCUCAAUCAACAUACCCAGGAUUCGCCUGCACAAUUCCAACUGCCCGAAACUCCGUUAAACACAUUUUUCAAGUCAUUUUCGGAUUUUACCUUUGACCCAGAUAUUCCACCAAAUGAAUCGUAUUUAGCUUUGCAAAGAUUCUAUGGCUGGCAUAGAGGCGACGAGGAAUCUAACCAGGCUUGGAACAAUUUCCAGAGAGCUCUGAUUGAAGAGUUCAAGCUCUGGUUCGGGGCAGAGGACGACCUUGGCUCUUGGCAUUCCCUUUGCCGCGCACUAAGGAUUGAACCGUUACCACGAACUUGUCUAGAUUGUGAGAAGGCUGUUAGAGGACUAUAUGUUAAUAUUGUUGACCUGAUUGCUUGGGCUCGCAAUGGGGGAGGUGAGGAUCAGGUUAGGCUCUUCCAUAGUUUGGAGGAGCUGCGUGAAUAUACAAAAAGGACCCGCAAAAUCUUCCGCAAUAACCUUGAUGAAACAGGAAAUAGCAAUGUAGUCCUGAGGCAUUUGCUUCGAUUCAUCUUUCAGGGAAAUUGACGUCAGCGUCUAAAUAGGACACUAUAGGGCUGAACAAAACUAACGAAAGGGUACAGUAAACAAAAAUACAAGAACUCGC